AUGGACAACCAGAAAGAAAGGAAAUUCUAUAGAUACAACAAACUCACCAUUGGCAAGGUCCAACAAGAAGUCAGCAGGAUUCAUGGGGACCAACGGGGCAAACCCAAUUCCCGAGAAAUAAUCGAGUGCGCCCGAUCCCUGCCCGAAGAACAAAGGGCUCCCAUCGCACAACAGAAGGACCUUGUGAAACUCAAGAUCCUGCUCGACGGCUGGUGGAUCGUCAUCACGACACUCCUCCCUUCGUCAGCCAUCCCACGCAGCGUCGACACGAGCCUUGAUGCAUUGGUCGAGUCGAGCCCGGACGUGGGCUCGUCGAGCAGCAGCAGGCCUGGGUUUAUGAGCAUCUCCUGCCCGAUACUCACCCGCUUCCUCUCCCCGCCCGACACGCCCCUCAUGAGCGGGCCGCCCACAAUGCUGUCCCAGCACUUCGACAGCCCGAGCUGGGCCCCCACGGCAACCGCGUGCCUUGCCUUCUCGGCCGAGGACAGGCUGGACGGCAGCCGGAGGAGGGCUGUGUAG